AUGAGGAAAUCGAGUACGAGCACGACGACAGUAAGGACGACUCAAGCGAAGAAAACGGAGAAGCGAAAAACAACGCCGUUAACGAGGAGGAAGACGAAAUAUCAAUUUCUCCAGCUAAAAAGAAUAAAAAAUCCAAGCACUCUUCCUGGGAUUUCUCUUCCUACUCCCAGUCAGUUGCCGAGGAGCAUGCCCGCCGCUACACCACUUGAGGACCACUCAAUUGAGUUUCGAUUGGCCGUGCCUAAAGGAGAAGGGUAUAUUCGGAAUCCAGUCGAUUACAUGGAUACGACAGGUUAUGAAGCAUUGCUGCAAAACCUAGCCGAAACUGAUAGCGGUGGGUGGCGAGGAGCGCCUCCCGCAUCAAAAGCUUCUGUUGAAGCAUUAGAAACCACGGAGAUUAAGUCAGAACUGGAGGCAUUGGCUUGUGCUGUAUGUAAAGAUAUAGUUGGUGUUAGAGAAAUGGUAAAAAAAUUGCCUUGUGGACAUGGGUAUCAUGGGGAUUGUAUCAUACCGUGGUUGGGGUCGAGAAAUUCGUGCCCUGUAUAUAGGUAUGAGUUGCCGACAGAUGAUGCAGAGUACGAGGAAGAAAGAAAAAAGAGAGCUGCCGCUGCCGUUGCUGCUGCCGCUGCCGCUGCCCUGAGUUCUUCUUCCGGUGGCAUUGGCGGUAUUAGUGGUGAUUACGAGAUUCUGUUCUUCUAA